AUGGCAGAGACGAUUGCCGCUCCAACCUUCAUAAAGCAUGAACCAGACGACCACAACAAUUUCAUGAUGUCCCAGUCCUACACCAUGUCUAACCCGCAAUUCGGAAAUCACUUCGGAAACUCCAAUGGCGAUGGAGUCGACCCCUCCGAGCUUACCAUGCAGAACUCCAACUUUAUGCCCUACUCCUUCGGCUCUCAGCAGAACCUGAACUCCGGCUUCAACUUGGGAAACUCCGGAAUUGAUACGGAUGAGUUGCUUGAUCUGGAGAUCAACGGCCAGAAUGGAAUGCAAAACAAUGGAAUGAACUUCCUCCAUGACCAGCACCAGCAGCCUGGCCUGUCGAUGAGCCACCCCGGCCAGAUGUCUCAGAUGUACUCGAACACCCCAGAUGGCGCUCCGAUCCAGAGCCCGUUCAUCCAUGGAAAUUUCAACUAUGAUCAAUUCCGGUCGAUGAAUCAGUCUCAGAGUAUGCAUAAUGUUGGUGCCUUCGAACAGAACUACAUGAAUAGCAAGACGCGUCCAAAUUUGCAAGCCGUCGACCGCGCUUCUUCUGAUGCUCGGAGUCCCAUGACCCCGAAGACGCCUGCUCUGGGGGCUCUGAAUCUUGGGACUCCUGAGUCUGGCAGCUUCCCGUCCCAGCCGAUCCGUACCGGUUUGCAGCACCGUCACCAGAAGACCCUAUCGAAUCAGUGGGAUGGCACUCCAGGCAGCGCUCACUCUUUCGUCGAAUCACCCAUAUCUUCCCCGGGCCACCCUUCCCACCACGCGGGAAUCUCCGAGAUCCUCAAGUCCGGCAAGCAUGCUUCACUGCCGGCCAAGGUUGACAACAUGACUACCGCCCAGGCGCUUGAGUCGCAGGAAGCCAAACGCAGGCGUCGGAGGGCCUCUCACAACAUGGUGGAGCGGAGGCGGCGCGAUAAUAUCAACGAGCGUAUCCAGGAUUUGUCGCAUCUGGUGCCCCAGCACCGUUUGGAGGACGAUAAGGUACGCAAACAGCUUGUCAACAAUUCUGCUUUGUCGCCCAGUAUGGGUGCUACCGCUAUGAGUCCACCUACCGCGACAUCCCUACUAGCUGGUGGCAGCGGCCGCCGGGCCACGGCCGGUAACAUCACAAUGGGUUUACCUAUUGAGGAGAAGGAGAAAGGUCCCAACAAGGGGGAUAUCCUGAACGGUGCCGUCGGAUGGACCAGAGAUUUGAUGUGGGCUCUGCAUGUUAAACUGCAGCAGGAGUCCGAGCUGGCUGAAUAUAUCACCAGCCUGGGUGGUACCUGGCCAUUCGAGCAGACGGAGGAAGAGAAGCGAAUGCGUACUGAACUCCUCGAUGCGAUGGAGAAGAAUGACCCGAGUACGUUCCACUACAGUCGCGCUCCGGGCAGCGGUCUUAGAGUUCCCAAGCAUACCAACUUGGCCGGUGAAGCUACGCAAAACAAUGGUACCAUCAGUCCUCAGAGUCUGAGCCCCGCGUUCAAUAGUGGUGGAAGCGGUAGCAACAGUGGCGGACAGGGCCAGCCUCAGUUCUGGAGCAGUUCCGGCCACGCCGGCAUGAGCUUCAAAGAAGAAGAUGAAUACUCAAUGGAGAUGAACUGA